GACAGGAAGGGGCGGGGUUCAACCGAGUUUGUUUGCGCGGCAAAAUUUGAAGAACCGAACGGCCGGAGAUAUGUUUGUAUUGCGCGGUUCGGGGCAAAAUGUUACGAAAAUAGAGACCUACAGAAGGGUUUGCGUGGCUGACGGCCUUUUGGAGAGGUAGCCCCUCGGGUGAUCCAAUUUUAUUACUGUUUUUUCUGUGUGCGGAUACCGUCUGUUUGUGGGAAGGACUCUUCGAGGAACACCUGCCGACUCUUUUCAGUCAGUGUGCUGCCUCGCCAUUGCCUGCAUUUUUUAUUUAUUUUCUGAUUAUUUGUUUGUUUGACUUUUCACGAAAUCUAAUUAAGGCAAAUGAGAAAUAAUAUACGCCUAACUGCACUGACCAGGAGGCCUGGAGGCAGUGCUGGUUCAGCCCUACAUGGACGUCUUCCUCUCCACCGGUAAGAGGGGAGGGGAGGGGAGGGGAUACAUGCACUUAAAAGAGAACACUUUACACCGGCCAAUUCAAGUCACAUUAAAAAUCAGAAGCAAUAAAAACUAAUGAGAGAAAACGACAUGUCUGGUUCGGGAAAAGUCAGAUUUGGAGAUCUGGACUUGAUCUGGAUCUGGGCUGUGACACGUCGAGUACAGAAUCAGCUGUCCCUUCUUGAAGAACUCACGAACCGUGAGCAACUCUGAGCGAUGUGAAGAUCCUGAUCCCGUGGAUGGGAUACAAACUUGAGCAUCUGGUAAAAGGUGAAGAAGAAGAUUGUUUCUGGGUGGAGAUGAUCCAGCUGGUGUUCCUGUAGGAAUGUCAUUUCUGCAACCCCGCUGAUGAUGCGCAGGUUUGGGAGGGAUGGAUUUACCCUCUGAGUCGAGCAAGCAUGGCAGGAAGACGACGAGUCACAAGCUGGAAGAUCAGAAGAAGAUCUACACUGAUUGGGCCAAUCACUAUUUAGCCAAGUCUGGCUGCCCGCGGCUCAUCAAGGACCUGACGCAGGACAUCGCUGAUGGAGUGCUGCUGGCAGAAAUCAUUCAAAUCAUCGCGAAUGAGAAGGUAGAGGAUAUCAAUGGCUGCCCCAGGAGUCAAUCUCAAAUGAUCGAGAACGUGGACGCCUGCCUCAGUUUCCUGGAAGCCAGAGGAGUGAAUGUGCAGGGUCUGUCCUCAGAAGAAAUUUGGAAUGGGAAUCUGAAGACCAUCCUGGGGCUCUUCUUCAACCUCUCCCGGUAUAAGCAGCAGCAGCAGCAGCAGCAGCAGUACUACCAGUCCCUUCUGGAGCUCCAGCAGCAGGUCACACACCAGGCCACCGGGGCGGCGACAGCGAGCCACCACAAGACGCAAGAUAUGCAGUCCAGCCUAACUGCGCGGUACGCCACUGCCACUGCCACGGGUCACAGCGGCGCAGGACUAGCGCAGAAGAAAAACACAAGGCUACCAGGGCCCUCCCGGGCGUCUGCCGCAGGCGGCGGACCCUCCAAGGCCCCCGGAGCCGCCAACCUGAACCGCCGGAGCCAGAGCUUCACCAGCAUGGACAAGAGCCGGCCCCUGCAGUACGCCAGCGGGAACGACAGAGAGCUGGUGAAGGGCAUCUCUCAGCCUGGCAGCCUGAACGGGAGCAGCCCCCCUCCUGGCACCCCCGGCGGGCACCAGCCCCCCUCCGCCAUCCCCUCCCCUGGCACCGGCAAGUCCCUGCGCGGCAAGCCCGUCAGCAUGAAGCACAGCGCCACCUCGUCCUCCCUGUCCGUCAGAUCGUCCAGCCCGCCCAGCUCGCCCCCGCCGCCGCCCCAGCCCGCCCCCGGCCCCGCCCCCGGCCCCGCCCCCUGCCCCGCCUCCGACCGGCUCAAGCCCCCGCAGGCGGAGGCCCCCAAGGCGGGGGGGUCGGGCCAGCGCUCCAUGCUGGAGAAGUUCCGCUUCAUCAACACCCGCGGGAACGCCCGGCCGCCGCCCGCCGGCUCGGGGGUGGAGCUUAGGGAGGAGGAGGAGGACGAGGCCGAAGAGGAAGACGCGCUGUCGGAGUACGGGGAGGAGGGGCUGCUGAUGGGCCAGAGCGGCGCCAGGCAGACCGCGGUUGGCGGCGGCGGCGGCGGCUCCGCCCCCAAGGGCUCCGCCAAGGGCGUGGCCAACAAGCCCCUCCCCCAGAGCAAAGACAAAGAGGACAAGGGGAAGAGCAAAGGCAAGAGCGGGACCCCCGCCAGGGAGGACAGAGACCCGCCCUCCGAGCCCGCCAAGAAGACCUCCAGAAUCGCCAGCCUCAUCCCCAAAGGGGGCAAGACCCCCGCCGUGAAGAAGGAGGGGGUCCCCUCGGCCUGCAGCGGGAUCCCCAAACCCGGCGCCAAGCCGUCCGCGUCCUCCUCGGCCCCCGGCGGGAAGAUGGCUGCCGCCGCCGCGCCGGCCGGCUCGGGGAGCCCCGCCCCCGGGGACCACAAGGCCAAGCCGUCCAAAGGGAGCCAGGCCGCGUGCUCCCCGCGCCACCAGGGGGCGCCAGAGGGCCGCAGGACCAGCAUGGUGUCCUCCACCAGCGCCUCGGCCAUUUCGGGCUCCGCCGCGAUGGCGGGAGGGGUGCUGGGGGCCAACGGGGUGGUGCAGCUCCCCCUGCAGCAGCACAGCCACCCCAACACCGCCACCGUCGCCCCCUUUAUGUACCGGACCUGCUCGGAGAACGACUGCACCACGGUCGCUCCCGGCAACGCCUGCCUCAGCCCCACCAAGGCCGACCUGGUCUACGGCAAGACCGCCAAGCAGUGUCUGGAGGAGAUCUCAGGGGAGGACCCGGAGGCGCGGCGAAUGCGGACGGUGAGGAACAUCGCCGACCUGCGGCAGAACCUGGAGGAGACCAUGUCCAGCCUGCGGGGCACGCAGGUCAGCCACAGCACCUUGGAGACGACUUUUGACAGCACGGUGACCACGGAGGUGAACGGGCGUGGCCUCCCCGCGCUGGGCAGCCGCUCCUGGCGCCUGGGCCAGUCCCCCAGCCCCCGCCUGCAGGCUGGCGACGCCCCCUCCCUGCCAGGCGGGUACCCCCAGCCCCGGGCCGGUGGUGGCGCAGGCGGGGGUGGGGGCAGUGGGGGGGGCGGGGGUACGGGCGCCGCCCGGUACGCGGACCCCUCCCGCCUCGUGUACAACGCCCCCCUGCGGCGGGGCGCGGCCGGCGUGGGGCCCAGGGGGGCGGAGCUUGGAGAAAAGGGAGGAGCCGAGGGAGGUCCCGAGGCGGAGGUGGGCGGGUACAUGAGCGACGGGGACAUCCUGGGGAAGAACGCGAGGCCCGAUGACAUCAGCAGCGGGUACCUGACGGACGGGGGCCUCAACCUGUACUCCCGGAAUGUGGGGCGAGCCCCCGAAUUGGCGGCCUCGCGGGACGUCAUCCAGAGGGGGGUCAACGAGAUGCAGGGGGGCACAGACAGCUGGGAUGACAGCAGCUCCGUGAGCAGUGGGCUCAGCGACACUCUGGACAACAUCAGCACAGACGACCUCAACACACCCUACUACUCCUCCACCUCGGCUCCGCCUCGCAAGAGCAAGCACUCCCAGCCUAAAUCAGACGCUGAGCCGCGCGGCUCUCCGGACCAUGACAUCAGCAGCUGGGACGGAGCGGAGGACCUGAAGAAGUCCGACGACGGUCUGGACGGCGCCAUGUGGAAACCUUCCUCAUCCUCGUCCUCCUCGGCGGGACAGUACGAGGACCCCGACAGGACCGGGCAGAGGGCGGGCAUGCCCCUGUCCCACACGGGCUCCUGGAGGAGAGGCAUGACGGCCCAGGUUGGCAUCACGCCCCCCAGGACCAAAGGUGCCGUCGGAGCCCUCAAAAAUCCAGGCAAGGCGGACGACUCAAAGGUGUCGGAGAAAGACCGGGGGGCCCCGCCCAAGAGCUCGGGGAUCCAGCGCUCGCCGUCAGACGCCGGGAGGAGCAGCGGCGACGAGGGGAAGAAGCCGCCGUCCGGCAUCGGGCGCCCCGCGGCCGCCAUCGCCUCCUUCGGCUUCAAGAAGGUGGGGGGCCCCGUGGGGGCCCUCAUCACCAAGGCCCCCGCCGGGGGAAAGGGCGGGCCAGCGGGGGGCGGGGGCGGCGGCGGGGGGGGCCGCAAGACCAGCCUGGACCUGGACGGCUCACAGCCGCAGGACGACGGGGCGCUGCUGGGGGGCGGGGCCUCCAGGGCCCCCCCGCAGUACCGGUCCCUCCCCCGGCCGGCCAAGUCCUCCCCAGGCGGGGCCCUGGGCCGGGGGGGCAGUGGUGGCGGCGGCGGCGGUGGGGGGGGCCACCGCUCCAGCUCCAGCAGCGUGGACUCCAACGUCAGCGGCAAGUCGGCGGGCAGCGCGGGGGGCGGAGCCAACGCCAAGCGGCGGGACGGCGGGAAGGUGGGGUCGGGCCGCUCCAGCCCCGUCGCCGUCUGCCAGGCCGACAAGGAGAAGGCGGGCGCGGCCGACCCGGAAGGGGCGUGUCUCUCCAGCUCGCCCAAAGCCAGCCCCACCUCGUCCGGCCAAUCAGGGCUCCGGCAGCCCGGGUCCAAGUACCCCGACAUCGCCUCGCCCACCUUCCGCAGGCUAUUUGGCACCAAAGCCAGCAGCAAGGCCAGCUCUCCUGGCACCCCCGACUCGGGCAAGUGCCCGUCGGCGCUGAGCAGCCCCCACGGCACGCUGGCACGCCAGUCCAGCCUGGACUCCCCCUCCUCGGGCACGGGGAGCCUGGGCAGCGGGCAGGGCGGGGGCACCAGCCCCCUCUACGGCCGGGCCCCCGAGCUGGGGGCGGGCGACGCCCCCCCGGGCCUGGGCCAAUCGCCGGGCUCCAGCUCGGCCUCCGGCCUGUCGCACGCCUCGGGGGGCCGGCCCUGGGCGGUCAGCAUGAGCGUGUCGUCGGCGGGCAGCAAGGACACGCUGAGCUGCCAGAGCAUGACCAGCCUGCACACCAGCUCCGAGUCCAUCGACCUGGCGGCCGGUUACCACGGCUCCCUCACCGGCCUGGCGUCCGGGUCGAAGGUCACACGGACCGGCAGCGUCAAGUCCACGCUCUCUGAGGGAAUGCCACUGGACAGGAACACGCUUCCGAAGAAGGGACUGAGGUACCCCCCCUCGUCCCGGCAGAUGUCCGACGAGGAGGGGAAGGAGUGGAUGCGCUCCCACUCCACAGGGGGCCUGCAGGACACCGGGAGCCAGUCCCCCCUGUCUCCUCCUGGGACGUCCUGCACCGCUAAUGGAAAAUACCACUACUCCAACCUGGUGAGCCCCACCAGCAUGCCCCAGUUCGGCCGUCCCGGGCCCAGCAUGAGCCGGUCCAACAGCAUCCCGGCGCAGGACUCGGCGCUGGACCUGUACGGGGAGGCCCGCGGGCUGGGCGGCAGCGCCACCUCGCUGGAGGACCGGCCCCGGGGCAUGAGCCGCUCCGGCUCCCUGCGGGACAGCAUGGAGGAAGUCCACGGGUCAUCACUGUCAUUGGUCUCCAGUACUUCUUCUCUCUACUCCGCGGCUGAAGAGAAGGCCCAUUCAGAGGUAUCGAACUCCACUCAAAUCAGAAAACUGCGGCGGGAACUGGACGCCUCCCAGGAGAAGGUCGCCACGUUGACGUCUCAGCUGGCCGCCAAUUGUUGGCAGGCCCACCUGGUGGCUGCUUUUGAGAAGAGUCUGGGGAACAUGACCAGCCGUCUGCAGAGCCUGACAAUGACUGCUGAGCAGAAGGAGUCGGAGCUGGCCGAGCUGAGGGAGACCAUCGAGGCGCUGAAGGCCCAGAACACCGACGCGCAGACCGCCAUCCAGGUGGCGCUCAACGGCCCGGACCACCUGCACAGAGACCUGCGGCUCCGGCGACAGCACUCCUCCGACAGCAUGUCCAGCCUCACCAGCGCCAGCAGCCACUGCGCCGGCGGCGGCGGCCUGGACGCCGAGGCCAAGAAGAAGAAGAAGAAGAGCUGGCUGCGCAGCUCCUUCAAGCAGGCGUUCAGUAAGAAGAAGCCCAGCAAGCCGUCCUCGUCUCACUCCGACAUCGAGGAGCAGACCGACUCCUCCCAGCCCUCCUCUCCCAAACUGCCGCACGGGGCCACGCAGGGCGGGGACCGCCCCCUCAGACCCUCCCCCUCCACCACCGACCUGUGCGAGUGCACGGAGGCGGAGGCGGAGAUCAUCCUGCAGCUGAAGAACGAGCUGCGGGAGAAGGAGCUGAAGCUGACGGACAUCCGUCUGGAGGCCCUAAGCUCCGCCCACCACCUGGACCAGAUCCGCGAAGCCAUGAACCGCAUGCAGAAUGAGAUCGAGCUCCUGAAGGCGGAGAACGACCAGCUCAAGUCCACGGGGAGCCCCGCCCCCGGUGCCAGCCCCGCCAAGACCGCCCGCCCCCCCUCGGAGACCUCCAGCACCUCCUCCUCUUCCUCACGCCAGUCCCUGGGCCUGUCACUCAACAACCUCAACAUCACCGACACCAUAAUGUCCGACAUCCUCCUGGACGACGGGAGCGAGGGAAACCUGCGCAAAGAAGGGCGGAGCGUCAGGAUCGUGGUUGCCAUCGACGACGGCUCCAACGUAACCAAGGGUAUGAGAUGUCAGGACUUUCUCAUCGGGUCCAUUGGCGUCAGUGGGAAGACCAAGUGGGACGUGCUGGACGGUGUCAUACGCAGAUUGUUCAAGGAGUACGUGUUCCGGGUGGACCCCCUGACCAGCCUGGGUCUGAGCUCAGACAGCAUCGCCAGCUACAGGAUAGGGGAGGUACUGCGGGCCCACGGCUCGGAGACGCCUCAGCUGCUGCCCUGCGGCUACCUGGUGGGAGACAACAACAUCAUCACCGUCAACAUCAAGGGUGCGUCGGAGAACAGCAUCGACUCGCUGGCGUUCGACACGCUGAUCCCCAAGCCCGUGGUGCAGCGCUACCUGAACCUGCUGACGGAGCACCGGCGCAUCAUCCUGUCGGGCCCCAGCGGCACCGGGAAGUCCUACCUGGCCGGCAAGCUGGCCCAGCACAUCGCCGCCAAGGCCGGGAGAGAGGUCACCGAGGCGACCGUCGCCAGCUUCAGCGUGGACCACGAGUCCAGCAAGGACCUGCAGCAGUACCUGUCCAGCCUGGUAGAGCAGUACAGCUCAGAGGAGAGUGACACCAAGCUCCCCCUGGUGGUGGUCCUGGACAAUCUCCACCACAUCGGCUCCCUCAGCGACGUCUUCAACGGGUUCCUCAACUGCAAGUACAACAAGUGUCCAUACGUCAUCGGGACCAUGAACCAGGCGGCCUCGUCCUCAGCCAACCUGGAGCUCCACCAUAACUUCAGGUGGGUGCUGUGCGCCAAUCACACGGAGCCGGUGAAGGGCUUCCUGGGCCGCUUCCUGCGCAGGAAGCUGGUGGAGACGGAGAUCCUGAGGAACACGCGCAGCAACGACCUCGUCAAGGUGGUGGACUGGAUCCCCAAGACCUGGCAGCACCUCAACAGCUUCCUGGAGGCCCACAGCUCCUCCGACGUCACCAUCGGCCCCAGGCUCUUCCUGUCCUGCCCCAUGGACUCGGACCGGUCCCGCGCGUGGUUCACCGACCUGUGGAACUACUCGCUCGUCCCGUACCUGCUGGAGGCAGUGAGGGAGGGGCUACAGCUCUAUGGUAAGCGGACCGUGUGGGAGGAUCCAUCCAAGUGGGUGAUUGACACCUACCCCUGGAGCUCCGCCCCCUCGCAGCCGGAUGCGCAGCCCCUGCUUCAGCUGCGGCCCGAGGACGUGGGGUACGACGGGUGCAGCGGCGCCAAAGAGGAGACCCCCUCCAAACAGAUGUCCCAGAGCGACACAGAGGGGGACCCACUGAUGAGCAUGCUGAUGAGGCUGCAGGAAGCCGCCAACUACUCCAGCGCCCAGAGCUGCGACAGCGACAGCGCCAGUCACCACGACGACCCGCUCGACUCCUCGCUGGAGUCCACCCUGUAGCGCAUCCCCCGGCUAACCGCCGUUCUUUACCAGCGAGAGGGUGGGGGGAGGGGGGGGGCGGGGGGAAUGGGGGCGAGCCGCGAGGCCAGAAGGGGGGCGCGCGAUGUCGCAGGCAGGCAGACGCGCGCGCACUUCCUGUCAGGCGGGGGGAAAGAGGCGUGGCGGCUCCGUUUCGGCGCGCGCUGCCCCACCGGGACGCCCGCCCUCCCGCCUCCCCUCACGCAGCUCCAGAGCAGGCCGCGCGCGCGGCGAAGGCAGGGCGCUCGGGUCUGCGCUACACAGUGGAACUGAACUGGAAUUAUCCUUUCUGUUUCGUUCAGUAUCAGGUUUGCUUUUCCACCACACGGGGGCGGUAUUUUACAGGGCCAAACUACUUCAUCAGUUUUUUCUGAGGUGCUACGGAGAGAUGACGAGAGUCCUGCUCCAAUAGGCUUGCGUGGUGCUGGUCAGGUGACUAAGCCAGCCUAUGGAUAGCAGGCGCCCGCUCCACCACCCACACGAUACGCCCCCCAUACCAACGAGCACAGCAGCGCUUUGUGUCACAUGUCAGGCUACUGCUACUGUGAAACACUGGACAGGUGCCAAAUUGCCAUUACUGCCGAUGGCUCAGUGACGUAGACAUCCACUUUGACAUUCUAGUUUUUGUUUUUUUUUCUAGUUUGAUUCUCAUUCUUUGAGAUUGUAGUUCAUUAAAAUGAUUUGUUUCUUCCAUUUUUUUAAAAUUGUUUGACCCAAGCCUUGUUGUUCACCCUACUCUUAAGCAGAUCAGAAAUAUAUUAAACAGGAAUCUGGUGAAGUUAGACGACUUUUGUCGAAGGGCCAGAGAGUGAGUGGGGAACAACGUUUGAUGAUGAUGGUGCUUUCUUACUGCCUUAAAUUUGCAAACAGUAUUCACAAGCAACCGUGAAGCUAUGGAUCUGUGACCCUGUUUCUUUUGGGGGAUAAAGAAAUCGGCAAGAAUGGAGAGCACGGCACACUUAGAAGUUUUUUCUGUCUGUGAAGGUAGUGAAUGAACACUUCCACUCACAUUCUCUCAAACACACGUCACAUGUGGAGGAGACCGAGGCAACGAGGAGGACUUCACCUCCUGUGGACUACCUAUAGCCUGAAGCAUACUCUUCCCACAAUCCCCUUCAGCUGCCUCAACACCUAUCUAGUUCUAUUCUAUGGUGUUCUAUUAAGAGCAAGAAUAUGGCCAUAGGCAACAUAUAGGUCAUUUACUUGAAGGGUUUGGGAAGGGAUGCUUCUCUUUUUUUUUUUUUUUUUUAACGUUUCUCAGUUGAGUUGAAAACACUUAAACUGGCAUGAGCACAAAACUGAUUUUAUAACCAGAGGGGAUGUUUGCUUCAACUCUUACUAUGUGUACAUGGAAAAAAAAAAAGUUUACUUUUAAAAAUGAUUUCAGGUCACCAUGGAUGCCGCUGUGGGUGGAGACCGUUGACGUAUUUUUAUUUACCUUUUUAUUGGGGGGUGGGGGGUGGGGAGGGGAGGGGGGAAAGGGUUGGUUUUGCACAAUUUAUCAGGGUGGGGAAUGUAAAUAUGAGUCUUGCACAGUGAAUUGAAGAUGCGUUCUGCCCUGUUGAUGUUAACAUUAUGCUUAACUUCGCUGAGAAGUCUUGUAUGUUGCAAACAGACAAAAAAACAAACAAAAAAAAAGAACAAAAAGAGAUAAAUGCAAAGCAGCAAGCCAUUAGAGGCCAGUGUGCAUUGUCUUGUAAUGAUUGGUUGUCUUGCCAACGCAGGAGCUACACAAUAUAUAGACGCAUGUACCAAUUCCUAAUAUCAACGCAAAAAAGUCACCUCAACCACUUCAGGGAAGCAAAGCAGGUUUCCAUUAAAUCUGUGACACACGACAGCCCGCAGACUAAAAAAGAAACCACACUGAUAAUGUCCACAUUUGUGAGCCAGAACACAAAACUGUCGCCAUUUCUCUCCUAACGAUUAAAUGCAUUCAUUCACUCUGCCACUAUUGUAGCCCCUGUUUUGACUGUUUUUUUUUUUUUUCUUUUGGAAUUUUGGAAUGGCCAAUCGCAUUAGUAGGGCCACCCCACAUCUGUGUUGUUUGCCACUGACCGCGAUCCGCCACUCAGCUACGCAGUCACUGCUUGGGGUCUCUGCAUUGAAGACAGGUGCUUUAGCUGGACACGCCCCCAGCUAUCCCACAUUCACAUUCUCCUGCAGCGCUACGGAUCACAUGAGGGUUUUUCUGAAAUGACUACCUCUUAUUUAUCUAUGUUUUUUCUGCUAGUUCCUGGGAUUUAGUUUUAGCUUCCGGCCUGCUGAAUACAGGAAGUAGGAAAAUUACCCACGUACAGCCGGUGCUACCGUCAGCCCUUUUAGCCAAUCACAGACCACGUCAGCAGCCUGCAGCAAAAAAACGAAGAACAAAAAAAAAAAACCUCAAAACCUAUGGAUCGUUAAUCCUAAUUUCUGUGCUCAAGUCGUGGGCCUUUGUGUCUUCUCUGUGACAUGCCUGAACCCCCAAGCACAGAUAUAGGAUCUGUUUACUUUUAUUAAUUUUCUUAAUUUUUUUUAACAUAAAAUGGUUGGAAGAUCAGGGUUUGGAGUUGCUGAUUCUGGAUCAGUUUUUAGGAGACAUUUUCAGCUGGGAGCCACACCCUCCCACACAAAGAUCUCAAACACACACACGCACACACACCGGCAGUGUGCUUGCUCAUCUCCCAAGCAAAGAGAUGCACUUUUAAACAGAUGUACUGCAAACCAUGCUUCUUUCCCUGAACUGACAUCUUACAGUUAUUUAAGACCAUUUCAGGCCCAACCUGCGUAGGUCACCAUGGUUACAUCAACCAAACAACGUGUUCCAGCUGUUCAGCAGUUACAUCUCAGUGAGAGCAUAGAGUUUACUACUUUUGAAAACUUUUUUUGGUGAAACAUUUGUCUUUGAAUGUUUUAUAUUUUGUACAUUUUUAUGUAACAUAUCAUGUACAUAGAAAACAGACGGCAAUUUAAAUCAUCCGAAGGAUUUUUUUGUAGUCUUUGCAAAAGCCCUAAUAAAUAGUAUUUGGUGUCACCAGAUUACUGGA